AGGACGGUAGUCAGGAGGCGCUGUAGAAACUCUGAUACUGACAGGUUAUAAUAAGUUGAAACAUGCAGCACUUAAUGCCAGGAUUUGACGUUCUGAUCUCACAAGUGAGAAAAACAGGCGGAUUUUACAUGACCACCUUUGCUCUUUUUCUUUACCACGUUGUGUUUGAUGAACACUUGAAAUGCUUAUGUAAAUAUGGUGUUAAACCAGAGGUUACUUAUAACCAUUGUCACGUCUACAUGGUGUUGCCAACUGUCAUCUUGUUUCUCUUGACUCUCUGGAUGGAUGGACAGUUUCAACGUAUCUUGAGAAUUACAUGCAGAGGUAAAUGUAAUUUGUGGGGAAGACUGUUGGCAAUCCUCAUUAAGGCGGCUGCUAUAGGGUUUCUGUGGGUUGUGUCUGUACUCCUUGAUGGGGACUGGUACGUGUGCUAUCAAAGAACAGAGCUUCCCUGCAAGAACAACACUAAUGAGACACACUACCAACAGGAACUAGAAAAGCAAAUCGAAUCUCAUUUCAAAAGGGAGUCAGUGGUUAUUGGCUUGGUACUGGUUCUGGUUCUGCUUGUUAUGAAUUCUAUUCUGACUGCAAUACCUUGGAGGGAUAUCUGUUCUAUUCUGACUGCAAAACCUCGGAGGGAUUUCUGUUCUAUUCUGACUGCAAUACUUUGUAUGUGUUACCGUUGUUGUCGGAUUGCAUUUCCUUGUAAUUUGUGCAACUGCAAAAAAAAUUGUUGGAUGACGGACUUUGAAAUCAAAUCUUAUCACAGGACACUAUUUGAGGAGUAUAUUUGCGAACAGAUAGAAAUUGUUAUUGAAAACGACUUAAAGACAACAGCUAAGGAGUGUGUAGUUCUUAAAAUCAGAGAACUACUACAGCCCUCUUCGACUGCAGUCCUUUCAGACACCACCACACAGGGAGGAGGCGGGGCAAGCAGCAGCUCCACCCGUCCUGAGGUGGAAGAUAGUAGGAGCAGCUCCAUCCGUCCUGAGGUGGGAGAUAGAGUGAUCACCCUUGACAACCUUGAUUUUGACAAGAUAUCUGAUCUACAUUCUCGUAUAAUCAGCUCUUUGUUCCCUGAACCUCCCAGUUCUUCAGCCCCUGCAACCCCCCAACAGCCCAAACAGGGAGAAGACGGGCCAAGAAGCCAGGAAGUAAGAAUGAGACUGUUAGACGACAGUGAUGGCUGAGAGAGCUGUUCUAAACUAUCUUUAUUUCUAGGCUAUAACCAAUGUAACCUUGAUUAAUGCAUAUGUGUUAAUAUAACCAGUGAAUUAUAUUUUGUUACU